AUGCGUAUGUAUAUGGAAAAUGGUGCAUUGGCCAGGUCGGUCAGUGGACGUGGACGUGGAGAACUUGGACGUGGACAUGGACGUGGACGUGGACGUGGACGUGGACGUGGAGGACUUGGACGUGGACAUGGACGUGGACGUGGACGUGGACAUGGACGUGGACGUGGACGUGGACGUGGACGUGGACGUGGUCGUGGACGUGGACGUGGACGUGGACGUGAUGUGGACGUGGACGUGGACGUGGACGUGGACGUGGACGUGGACGUGGACGUGCACGUGGACGUGGACGUGGACGUGGACGUGGACGUGGACGUGGACGUGGACGAAGACAUUGUCGUGGACGUGGACGUGGACGUGGACGUGGUCGUGGACGUGGACGUGGACUUGGACGUGGACGUGGACGUGGACGUGGACGUGGACGUGGACGUGGACGUGGUCGUGGACGUGGACGUGGACGUGGACCUGGACAUGGACGUGGACCUGGACGUGGACGUGGACAUGGACGUGGACGUGGACGUGGACGUGGACGUGGACUUGGUCGUGGACGUGGACGUGGACUUGGUCGUGGACGUGGACGUGGACGUGGACGUGGACCUGGACGUGGACGUGGACGUGGACGUGGACGUGGACGUGGACGUGGACGUGGACGUGCACGUGGACGUGGACGUGGACGUGGACGUGGACGUGGACGAAGACAUUGUCGUGGACGUGGACGUGGACGUGGACGUGGUCGUGGACGUGGACGUGGACUUGGACGUGGACGUGGACGUGGACGUGGACGUGGACGUGGACGUGGACGUGGACGUGGACGUGGUCGUGGACGUGGACGUGGACGUGGACCUGGACAUGGACGUGGACCUGGACGUGGACGUGGACAUGGACGUGGACGUGGACGUGGACGUGGACGUGGACUUGGUCGUGGACGUGGACGUGGACUUGGUCGUGGACGUGGACGUGGACGUGGACGUGGACCUGGACGUGGACGUGGACGUGACGUGGACGUGGACGUGGACGUGGACGUGGACGUGGACGUGGUCGUGGAGGUGGACGUGGUCGUGGACGUGGACGUGGACGUGGACGUGGACGUGGACGUGGACGUGGACCUGGACGUGGACGUGGACGUGGACGUGGACGUGGACCUGGACGUGGAAGUGGACGUGGACGUGGACGUGGACGUGGACGUGGACGUGGACUUGGUCGUGGACGUGGACGUGGACGUGGACUUGGUCGUGGACGUGGACGUGGACGUGGACGUGGACAUGGACGUGGACGUGGACGUGA